AUGGCUUCGGGGGGCUAUAGAGAUUCCAAAGAAGUACGAUUUGAGCAUUUGUAUGUUGAAGGGGAUGCAUAUAUUGGAACCAGAGCACUGCCAACCCUAGUGAAUUCCACCAUGAAUGCCAUAGAGCUCCGAUAUUCAGAUGAGCUCCGGUCAUCGGCGAAAGAGGGAAGGAUUAUAUGUUAUGAUGUGGGUGAUGAAAACGGUGAUGUUGAUGAUGCAAAGAAAGGGGCUUUCUUUACCUUUAAAGGAAGUAGUCUACUCUCUGUCCAGGAAUUCUAUGGUGGGAAGAAGGACUUGGCCAAAAUUCAAAGUGAUGUUGAAUCAUUUAUAUGUGCAGUGAUGCCAGGAAGUAGCUCUCGACAAAUUCAUCCAACUUCUAGUAUAUAUGGAAUUGAAGCAUUGGCCUAUCAACUUGGAAGGCCAGUUGAAGCCAAUCCUGUCUUUUGCAGAAAGGGUAGUUUUCUUUCUGCAUCUGGAGUAUGCACAUUCCUAGUAAACUUCCAAAUUCCAACUCAGUUUCGAAAGCAACAGCCGGCUCUUAUGCUUCAAAGUUCACAGGUUAUAUUUAUUUGCAACUUAUUUUUGUUUAAAAUCUUAAGGCUAAGGAUUAUAUGCUGUAUUGAAAUGUAGGUGACAGAUAAAGAAGCUGGUUAUAGUACAAUUUGCUUCAAAACGUCAAAUGUCUAACACUGAUUUCUUUCAAUUACAUGGUUAAUGUACAGAAGUCUGGUAACGUAUGGUUUAGUUUUUAUUUUGUAGUCUUUUGGUGGACAUAAUGAGGAGCUGGUCUAAACUCUUGUAGCAGUUGAUGAAUUGAUAUGUUCAGUUGUCUUACUAGAGGUUGAACGUGUUCGUAAGAUGUAGAACAAAAAAUUAUUUUGUGUUGUUGCUUCAAAGAAGCGUGUUAUUAUUUAAGUUUGAAUCGUCAACAUGGAAAUGUUCUUUUAACCGACCAGCCAAGUGAUAAUUCUUCUCUGUACACUAAUUAUUUUGCAAUGAUAAUCUUCGAAACAGUA